AUGAACUUUAUACGGAGGUUAGCAACAACGGCAACCAACACAAGCCUUCAAGACGUAGUAAUAAUAGGUGGUGGACCUGCAGGUCUAACAAUUUUAUCAGCUAUAAAAACUUCACCAAAAUUAAAACAUUUAAAAUGUACACUAAUUGAAGGUCAAUCUUUAGAUCCAAUACGAAAUUUCUACAAUGAUCCACCUGAAAAUUAUACAAAUAAAAUUGUAUCAUUAACUCCAAAAUCAAUUGAAUUUAUGAAUAAUAAAAUAGGGAAUUGGGAAUUUAUAAAUCAAGAAAGAAUUAAAAAUUAUGAUGGAAUAAUAGCUUAUGAUUCUCAAGAUUCUUCAUCAAGAAUUGAAUUUGAUAUUGGAUUAAUUGAUAAAGAUUCAUUAGCUACUAUGUGUGAAGUUAUAAAUAUUCAAAGUUCAUUAUUACAAAAAUUAGAAACAUUAAAACAAGAAGAAGAAGGAAUAAGUGAAGAUGAUUUAACAAUACUUGAUAAUACAAAAGUUGAAAAGAUUGAAAAUCCUUUAAUAAAUGAAAAAUUUUUAGAAAAUCAUGAUUUAAAUCAAAUUGAUCCAACCUUAGAAAAACCAAAUUUAGAUUGGCCAAUUAUUAAAUUAAAUAAUGGAAAUCAAUUACAAACAAGAUUAUUAAUUGGAGCAGAUGGUUAUAAUUCACCAGUUAGAAAAUAUGCACAAAUUGAAUCAAGAGGUUGGCAAUAUAAUAGAUUUGGAGUAGUUGCAUGUAUAAAAUUACAAUAUGAAGAUUUUAGAUCAGUUGGUUGGCAAAGAUUUUUAACUACUGGUCCAUUAGCUAUAUUACCAUUAACUGAAGAUAAUGCAACUAUAGUUUGGUCAUCAACUCCUGAAUUAAGUGAAAUAUUAAUGAAAGUAAAUGAUGAAAUUUUCCCACAUUUAGUAACUGCAGCAAUGGUAUUAGAAGAAGUUGAUUUAAAUUAUAUUUAUCUGGUUUUAGCCAAAAAUCCAAAUGAUUUUUCAAUUUUACAAGAUAUUGAAUGGAGAUUAUCUAAAUUUAAUUCAAGAGAUUUAGAUGAAAAUUAUCCUUUACCAGUUGUUGAAUUAAUUCCAAAUACUAAAGCAAGAUUUCCUUUAAAAAUGUCUCAUGCAGAUACUUAUGUUGCACCAAGAGUUGCAUUAGUUGGCGAUGCAGCUCAUACUAUUCAUCCAUUAGCUGGUCAAGGCUUAAAUAUGGGUCAACUGGAUGCUUCAGCUUUAAUAAAUGCAUUGGAAAAGGGAAUUGAUAGAGGAAUGGAUAUUGGUUCAACAUUAGUUUUAGAAGAUUAUGUUUCAAAUGCAUGGCCGGCAAAUCAUGCAUUAUUAGGAAUAUGUGAUAAAUUACAUAAAGUUUUUUCAACUGAUUUUUAUCCAAUAGUAUUAGCUAGAGGUACUGGAAUGAAAGCUUUAAAUAUGUUUGAUGGAGUGAAAAGUAUAAUGAUGAAUAUGAUAAGUGGUAGAUAA